GCAGUGGAUGUCAUCCAGGAAGUCAAGGCCAUAGACCUGCGAGGUCAAUACUUUGUCUGUGAAGCUCCACCAAACCUAGCGGUCUUCGACAAUGACGAGGAGCAUGCCGAAAAUCAGUUCCAUCCACCAUCUCACCAGCAGUAUCCUUCCAUCG